GUCAGGAAAUGGAUCGAUAGCGGUUUUGUACUACGCAUAUUAUAAGUUGUCUAGUUUUAUUUUAGCGCUUGGAUAGGCUCACGAUCUUCUGGUUUGAAAUUGCAAACAGGUCGGUCGGGGUUGAUUUUAGUUGUGUAACAUAUUUUGUUGAAAGAUUCGAUUUGUUCCAGUAAUAGAUCCUUUUUUGUUCGUUCGUAUUUCAUUACUUUUCGAAAGCAGGCUUUUAUCUUCCUAGUUCCCCCAUUAUUCUAAACAUUGAUACUCCCUGGUGUCGAAACAACGACAGCGUCACUUUUUUCCGUGCCGAAAAUUUAUUCUAUGUUGAGAUCAGAUGAAAUAUGAUGUACUCCUGAAUUGAGUCCUCGUCAGCUGGUUUUUCUAACUGUCUGCUUGUGAUGAUGAACUGCGUGAACAUUUGCAGGUUCAUCUCACUAAGUAGUCGUGGCUGCCACGCUCUCGCAUAGGGAACAAGGACGUCGUGAGAGGAACCAUGAUAAGCAUAAAAGCAUAACAAGAAGCCCCUAGUACGCCGUCGCACCUAGCCGCGGUCUUGGAACACAAAAAAAAAGUCCAGGCUGAAGCGAGGUCCCCUGAAACUGAAACUGAAGAUGGAUAAGUGGGUGAACAACGUUUUGGCGGAUUUUCGCCAGGUGAAGCAGAAGUUAGUGGACAAACCUCUCGAAGAUCUAAAAAAGACAGAGGAAAACGUGAAGCAGAAGAUUCUAGAUGCCAUUUUCGUCGACGAAGGUGGAGAGCGUGCGAAUUUGAAUGCUCCUGGCGAUCAUCAUGGUGGAGGCAGAGUAAGCGUUCAUCAAGGUGGAGGCCAUCUUCAGGGCCAUUCACAUGCAUCUGGACAGUAUGGUGGAGGUGGUAAAUUAUCGAGUGGUAAUAGCGGUGGUGGGGCUUCAUCUGCUUCAUCCGGCCGAGGUGGAGGUGAUCCAAAGUUUUCCGGCGGAUCUGGAAACUAUGUCGGGAGUGCCCGACAUGAUGGUAGAAAUACUUCAUACGGACCAAACAAUGGCAUAGUUUCGUUGACGAGUGAGAAUGGUAGCACGAUACGACAACUGUUCAGCCAAGAUCACCAGGGAGGUUUCUAUAGCGGCAGCAACUACCUCUAUACAGUGGAAAGUGGCGGUGUUGCAAGGCCAUUAGCCUGUGAGCUCCCUGAUGGGGCUAGGUUGUUUUCGACGAGUGGUCGAGCAUCAAAGGUACUGAGUGGGGGUGAAGUAGCUGUGGCACAGUAUAAGUCCGGGACGGCGUCGGCAUCAUCGUGUGUGUCGGAGAAGUCGACAUCGGAGAAGCAGGACCACGACGGUCUCUCAGCAACUUCAUCGUCCGCUGCUGACAGUGCAUUGUUUAAAGCAUUAACAGCGACUCAACGCGAAAGAGAAGCGCCUCUCCAAAGAGAAGAUGAGUCCUCUUCAGGCAGCACCAUUGCUUGGGAAGUUAGUGGAGAUGCGAUUGGAAACCAGCACCAUUUGGACUUUCUUGAACUAACUCCAGACGAGUUUCGAGGUCUCGAGUAUGAAAGAACGCCAUCUUCUUCUUCUUCAUCAUCAAAGGAACCCGAUUCAAAAGUGGGUGAAGAUCAAAUCCAGAGACUCCUCGCGAACUUCUCACAAGACCCGAAGCUAGGUUUUCUUGCUCGGAGUUACGCUGAGCGAUUUGGCGUGCUCAAAAUCAGGCUCAAAGAUGGGGCUACGACUAAAGGACUGAGUUUUCGCGAGCUCGUUUUCGAUGUCAGUUUGUUCACACAGGAGCAAGAGGAGCUGGUUUCCUGUCGCGUCUGCGGUGGCAUCGUGCAAAGCCACGCUACCGUACCGCAACAACAGAAGCAUUUGGAGAUUGCGAUUUUACUUCCUCCAAAUGUGAAUUUGUUCACCACCGACGUCGUGAUCAAGGUGUCUGACGGUGUUUGCAAGCGAUGGCGUGCAGGCUUUGAAGAAGCUUCAGUGGUCGGUUUUUGUGUGGUGCCUUUGAGUGAGAUAUGGGCAGAUUAUGAAUUAUCAGCGGAUUGGAUGACGGUCACAGCGCCAUCUGGUGAUGCAGCUGGCUUAGACGACGUGGUGGCAGAGCAUGCAGCAAUAUCACCGACUUUUACAACUGUAGCCGCAAAUGGAAACUCGAUGAUUUCGUGUUCUUCAGCAACAGCAACAUCAAGUUCAUCUUCCACCUAUACUCCUACGAAGCGCGAUAUCGAUCGUAGUCCAUUAUCACCUCGCUCUUUAGCUACUUCGAAAGCUCCCGGACUAGUUUCUUCCUCAGGCGCAAGUUCAGUUUUGAGCUACAAGGAAGAUGAACUGUUAGAAUGGACGAAGAAACUAGCGGCUUACAGUUCACCUUGGCGAGAGGAAAAGCAAGCGAUAUCUGGAGGGCAGUUGCGAAAACGUAGAGGAAAGGGAAGAGCGGGCUCUUCUUCGAGUAAAGAAGGAAGUUUUAAUUCAGGAAAUGAUGCGGUAGAUAGCAUAUUAGGAUCAGAAAGUGACUCAGAAGCGGUGGAAAAAGUUGAGGAAUUCUACAAUACUGGGACUAGUAGUCUUCAGUAUGUUGACGGCGAUAAAGCCCAAAUAAAUUCUAGUAGUUCUUCUUCCUCUUCUUCCAGUGGUAGUGCAGGACGAAAAAUUAGUACCAGAAUAGCCGACUUCUUCCGUCAAUUGCCUCAACGCCUUCGCGCUUUUUGGACAGAACUGAUUAUUCAGGUUCGCUUCUGGUUCAACGUCUUGCGAUGGGCCGCGAUUUGGCUCAGAUACUUCGUUCUAGUGUAUCUUUUCCUGCAUCCUCGUCGCCAGUUGCGCCGCAUCUAUCAUUUUCGGCGUAGCGUUUGGUGGCGCAAGGCAGUCCAUAUCGUCCGCCAUGCUUGUUGUAGGCGUGAUUUUUUCGUCGAGGACAAGAUUUUGCGCAUGUUGCCACCAGCACUGUUGAAGAUCGAGGAUGGUCGUUUUCCCAGCAAACUAGUACCUGUACGCGAAGGCGACUUGAGCAAAGAGGCGAGGAAGAAACUCAGGAAACAUAGAGAGGAGUUGCAGGCUGCGGAAGCAGAGUUGUAUCUCCCUGAUGCCGUAGGAUCGUUGGAUGGUGCUGGAAUCAGCUCUGGAGGCGGUGAGAAUGGCUUUAACUCUGGUAGUGGAACCUCUGCCGCUUCUCCAUCAAGCCCACGCGGUAGUCCUGAUGGAAAAGCGCCUUUGUUUCAGAUUACUCUCCCAAAGCUAUUGCAGAACUUCGGAGGACAGAGCACAGCCGCAGCCUCACCGCGCACUGUGCCAUUCGUCGAUGGCGGGAAGAGACCCACUGGUAGUUCCGCGUAUUUUCCGAGUAGUGUCAUGGGCGGUGGCUAUGGUGCCACAGCUGCUGCGUCUCCAACUCCUCGAACGACUACUGGUCCUUCAUCUGCUAGUGCGAGUAAAGCAGGCAAAACGAGUGCUGGGCGACCCUCUGGACCAGCAUCUUUUUUCGAGUCGAUUUUUGGACGUAAGGAAAAACCAGUGGAAGCACCAGUGACAACAGUGAUCGGGCAUUUGGUUGUGGACUUCACAGUCUCGCUUAGGGCUAGUCCUUUGCAAAUUGCCGCUUUAGGCGACAUCUUACUCCCUGAGGGAAAUGAUGUCUUAGACGGAUUGCCUGUCUUGUUACAGCAACCGGCUUUGCUAGAGAUGCUAAAGGAUGAACAUCCAAAAGGUGAGGACCAUCUCAAGACUACGACUAAAAAGAAACCUCCACUCUUAGAAGAAGUAACACCCCAAUCUUCCAAAGAAGGUCCGAUGACAUUCUCACCCGACGACAUUCGCACCGAUGAUGACGACCUAGCGGAUGCCCGAAGUAAUGUUUCGUCGUCUCGAUUUAGUGGCGAUCUGAGUCAGCGGUCACCAACAACACUGGUAUCACACUCACUGGGCCCAGCAGGCAUUUCCUCAAAGCCUGGAAGUAGAAGGGAGAGUGCUGUGGACACGACACUAGAAGCCUUGUUCAAGACUCUAAGUGGCGGAGGUGGUGAUGCUGGUGGUGAUGGAGAGAGAGAUACAAAGCCUUUGGAAGGUGCUACAGGCCAGCACGUCAAACCCGAUGGCACGCCUUCAUCCAGCACGUCAGCCAGUGACGCUGUCGCUGAAACAGAAGAACAUAGAAGUAGUUCCGGUGAGGGGCAAACAAUCGAGGAUGACGCUCUGCCGCCGUUUUUCUCCACCAGCCCCGCUCGCGCUCUCCCCGACGAUUCUCUCACAGGCAAUAUGCUUCGACCGCGAGCGUCUCGGAAACGAUCCUCUCUGACAAGCAUGAUUAGCGCAUCUCGAGGAGACCAAGAAGGACAUCAGGAAGAUCCAUCAACACACGCACACGGUCUACAACUGGAUGCGCACAGUAAAGGCGCAUUGUAUCGCUUGCAUCGAGAGAUCUCGAACACAGCUUUGGAUCAGUACAGAGCAAUGCCCUCAAGCGACGAUUCCAAUCUCCCGCUUGGGUCGGUGAAAGAGAACAGCUCAGCUUCAGAUGCUGAGGCGGACGAUGCAACGAGAACAAGCAAGAAGAACAAGACAGAAACAAGCGCGCCAAGAGCGAUCAAGAGUACGAUCCAGGAGAGAAGAAUGCUCGAGCGGGAUCCCUCAGGCUCAGGCUUCAGUGCUGGAUCGGCUGACUCCUCCAAUGCGAAUUUGAAUGUUGAGCAACAUCCUUUCCACACUCCUAGCGAAAGCAGUAAUAGCCUGUCCUUGCGUCCCUCCUUCGCGCGCGACCACUCCUCUGGUGGGUUGUCGACUGGGUCAGCGCGGCUACAUUUGCCUCCCGUUGCGGCGAGUCUACGCGGACUGUUGCGCGGGGGAGGUCUGUUUGGCAAGCGAGAUUAUUUGCAUCGACUUGCAGGUAAUAUUGCGCAUUCUCGCUUGGUCUCUUCCCGAAUGGCUAGCCGGGACGGCCUCUCAGGGUCCGGAGAUGGUCCAAUAAGCCUUCCUUCCUCGUCUCCCUAUAGUAGUGCGCCAGGCGGAAGUGGCAUUCUUUCAUCUGUAGUUACACCAGGAGCAGUGACGAAUAGAGCCAGUCUAAUCAGCAAAAGCAGUCUCGUCUCUGCUUCGUCUGGAGGUGGUUUACUUGUCCUUUCUAGUCCCAAUAGUAAAAACCAAGUGAACGGCGCAAAUCUGCGGCCUCCUCGUAAAGGCUCAACAACCACCUCCGUCACCGCGGUCACGCUAGAGGACUUCCCCUCCCGUCACGAAACGCGUGUCCGACAGAAUGCCGAUUUGAUCCUACAACGUAGCACACGAAGUUUAGAGGACCCAACAGGCUUUCUCGGUUCCAGUGGCAUGUCUGCUUCGAGAGAGGAGGCGCUCAACGAGCUGGCGCGAUGGUACGAACGCCAUUCGGCUGAGACGAUGAUGAUCAACAACCAUCGACAUCUUGUUGUGCACGAGAAUCAUUUCUACAACAAUAUGCGAGACGGGGCCGGUAACCUUCAACAUCUACAGCUGAAACAUGGCACUUCAAGCAUAUCGAAAUCUACGUCUGGCGUAGCAGUAGGUAAUAUCAUGAGUACGCCACGUUCAGGACAGCUAAAAUUGGUUCCGAGUGAUCACGGGGAUCUGAACAGCCCUGAGCGUAGUUUGUCGUUUCUAGCCUCGACGCCGGUGGGAGCGGAAUGUAGACCGAUGAAAUACGCGGAUUACGAAAUUGGUGUAGUCGACGAUGCGCCUGACGCGUCGACGACGGAGGAUGAGGAAGCAAAGGCGGCGCCUGUCGUUCCUCCAGUCUGUCGCAGAGGCGACGAGCUGUCGUUUGUGGUGCGGACAGUUGUCACGGGAGAUCUUGAUAAGACUGUUGGGGCAGGUAUGAUAUCGACUGGCAGUAAAUCCAAACUACAAGAAGUAGAACAAGUAGAUCGGGGUUCUAAAAACAAGACACAGCUGACAAGCACGGGAGUACAACUAGAGCAUCACGUAGUAGCUGGUUCUGCUACUUCAGAAGAUCAUACUGACACCGACUGUACUAGAAAAGGAAACAAAGCAAUGACCUCAUCUGGUGGAACAAGUAGAGUAGCAUCAUCCUCUUUCUGUUCGAGUCUAGGUUCUGUGUCAUCUUCGAGUACCCCACAGUGCGAUCAACAUGAACAACAGACUCGAGUGCUUCUUCUUCGUGUCUUCGUGCCACACGCACAGCAAUCCGACGCGUCUGCGCACUUACAGCGACGCAAGUUGCGUACGUACGAUCUUGAGGGAUCUGCAAAGCGCAUUAUUAUGGGUUUCGAGCGGAUCGGCAGCGUCCUAGGUUCUUGGCCUUCUUUUCCGACAACACAUGGUGGGAAUUUGACCGCAGCUUAUCUCUCCAUGGCCUGUCCGGGAUAUAUGUUCCCGCCACUGUUACUAGCUGGAUGCGUGUACGAAGCAUACAACACAGGGAAAAGGAAUCGAGCGGGAGUGUAUUUGCACGAACAAGAGUUCUUGCUGAAGCAAAUGCAGCUAACAGAAGCGAAGUCGGAAGCGGCGGAGAGAAACGCACAGGGAGGAGCGGAACAUGCAGGAGGGUACUUUUAAGCUUCUGGCUUGUUACCAUGCGGCUUUGGUGUCCAUUUAGAGACAGACCAAUUUCUAUACCAUGCUAUAUCAUCUAAUAUCUAACCCACCCACACUCCCGCCAGAGGAUGCUUAACCUUUAUCGUCUCACCCACACUAUUCCCACAUCAUUCCAACAUCAACCUCCUCCUUUCAGACCCGACCCGGACUCUUUGGUGUUCAAAGUUCGUGAGGUUUUCACCAAGCUCCACGAGUUUUCAAAGACUGUUGAGGGAAUCGCUUCCUUCUUAGAACGCUUUCGAUAUUGGAUGUACUUCGAUGACCGCCUGAUCUCCCUAAUCUUGUUCUUCGGUGCGGGUGUUGCGACCUUGGUCCUCUCUCUGGUUUUAUUGAUGUUACGGCUUGUCCUAAGUAUUUAUUCAUUGGUCUAUCUUCAAAAGUGUUAACUUUUAUUGUUCUUUGAUGAAGUUGAUAGCCCGAACUUCCUGUUGCUACAAUCUGCUUAGCUAGAAGGUACCUAGCGGGGUGUUCUUUGGUCUGUGAAUUUUUCAUGUGCAUCAAGUAAGUACGUGUUUCAAGUAACUUACUAGGAUACACUAUCACUGAUUCGAGGACGCUGCGAAACGAAUGAUGGCAUCAGGAGAACAACAUCAGGAAGAUCUUGCUACAUAUCAUAACAAGAUCUUACUACAUAGCAUAACAUACUAUUACUAGUCCACGACUCUGAUAAAUAAUUUAGAGAUAGACCACGACAUUUCAUAAGAAGGAGUCCUCUUUCUCCUUCUCCUCCUCUAAUAUUUUGGGCAAUUUGAAUGGUAAGUAACUUACUAGGAGGCACUAUCACUGAUUCGAAUUACUGCCUUUCCCAGAACAAUCGAAUUACUCCCUUUCCCUAUUCGCGCUAAUCUUCGGCCAAAUGGAGUACUUCACCAGACUCGGUGUGGCCGUUUGGUUCGUUCAGCGGACAUACCUGGACGAUAGGCCGAUGCCUUUGCUCUUGUUUAUCCCAGAUCGCGAGGAACAAGAGCAUCGACGCUUGUACAGGAAAUAUGGGUAGAGCAGAUGUUGAGGCUUAGGGUAAAUUUCCUGAGGGUUGACGCUUGUACAGGAAAUAUGGGUAGAGCCAUCGAUGCUUGUGCAGCAAAUAUUGGUAGAGCCAUCGAUGCUUGUACAGGAAAUAUGGGUAGAGGGAAGGAAGCAUCAACGCUUGUGCCGGAAAUAUGGGUAGAGGGAAAGGCAGGCUCUUGGUGGAGAAGGGGAGGUUUGAGUACUCGGGAUAUGUUUUGUACUGCAUCAAUGGAUUACUUGUUAUUCUGCGGCCUUCGGGGGCCAUUUCUCGGCCAUCUUCUCACUUCGUUUUCAAACCUUGAACGCGUCAAGUCUUCAAUAUUUACUUAAAUUGUCGUCCUCUACCUCUCGGAUGACCGAAGUAUCUUCAGAUCUACUUCGGCGCCUGAGUUCUCCAGAACUUGAAUAUGCCUAGAUCAGAACGCACAGGCAAAUGUUGAAAGCUUCAAAGCGCUCUGAGUGGUCCUCAGAAGACGCUAAUAUGCUGGCGGUGAGGCAUGUAUGACUGGAUAUUUCUA